GCAGGUUUCAGUGUGAAGCAUGUCUGUUUCGAGACCUAAAGCUGGUGAUUCUGAGGAAGAACUCUUGAAACUUCAGCAUGAAUUUCUCAAGCAGAAUAAUCCGCCUGCGUAUACCGUGCUUCAAAAUACUUCUGCCCCGUUGACCGAUACACUCCGUGAGCCUUGUCUGCCAGAGGUGCCGACUAUUGAUGUUUGCGGUGAUGUCGUCGAAAGUGAAGCAAAAAUCACGAAACCUUACCAUUUCAAAGCUGUGUGCCAUUCCGGAUUUCCCGAAGUCAUAAAGAUUGAAACUUCUGGGAAACCCUCCUGUGGCAAGAGUUUGUUUCGUCAAAGAAUGGCACAGAAGAGGGGAGAAUCCGUCAAGAGUGACAUUCGAUCGACAGGUCCGACUAAAAUUACCCGAGUUGUCGAAACCAACGUGGUUCGUGACAGUAUCUCCGACGAAGUCCAGACUGAAAAUACGGCGAAGCUUGCAGCUAUGUCGUUGCAGGAAAUCGAGAGACAGCGCGCGGAAAUCAUGUCAACGGUUGACCCAAAAACUAUCGAGUUUUUAAGAUCAGCUGGCCGGAAACGAACAGCAGUGAAAGAUAACCACGAUAAAGCAUCCGAAGACGUCGAAAAGUUCGUUUCUGAAAUUGAAUCAAGUGUCACGCAAGUGUUGCCGAUUGACCUCGACCUUGCGAGGAAUGAGUUCGUGAAUAUGAGUGAGGUGGAGUAUGAGAAAUUAAAAUGGAUGACGGAACUUCCUGAACCCGAGAGGAAAAACGAAGGUUUCAGUGCCCGGUUCGAUUUCGAAGGAAAUCUUCUCCUUGCGAGAGACAUGAAUUUACCUGUUACAAAAGGAUUACACCAUCACGGUGAAGAGCCAGAAAAACCUGGGUAUUCAUUGUCGGAAUUGUUUACGCUCGGCCGAUCAAGUUUCUCCGCUCAGAAAGUUGUAGCUUUAAAUGUAAUGGCUUCCAUCAUUCGUAAGGCACACUUGGGCGUAUUUGACGGAGUUUUUGACAAAAACAUUCUGGAGCAAUUCUUGGAUUGUGGAGGCUUACUGCUCAUCCGGUUUGCAUUAGAUGACAAUAGUGAAGGCGUUCUUCCUGCCGCCGUAAACGCUCUGUACGCAUUGCUGUGUUGUGAAACCGACGAGAGGUGUCUUGACAGAAUAAUUGGACCUUUUGAGCUGAUGCUUCAGCCGUCGAUGCCCACAAAAGUUGUACUCGACGAGCAUUCUUCCAAAGAAAUACAAAACGAAGGCGGGGAGAAAAGCUUGAAGGAUGUUGAGUUGCUGAAGCUAGAUGUGGUGAAAGCUUUGAUCAGAAUGAACAUAUUGCCAAGGUUGAGGUACAUAAUAAUGCGUCUAAAACCAGCUCCUCCUACGGUGAUAAAAGUUAUGGGAAUAUUAAUACGGAUUGCGAGGCACUCCGUCGAAGCCAGUGAAGAAAUCCUGAAAACAGAAGGGCUUUUGGAGUUCAUCUCAGAAAGUUUCAUUCCUUCAACAACCGGUGGAACAGGCAAGUUCAGGUCUAGAGAGAUUUCCGUGCAGCUCAAGGAUGUAUACGGAAUUCCAUUGAGACAUGCCUUGAAGCUCAUUCGUGUGCUUUCAUCUCACAGACGCCAGAAUGCAGUUGCAUUGUUCAAUAACACAAAAGUCAUGGAAUCUGUCAUUUGUUACAUCUCGUUUGACCCGAGUGAACUGGGAUUACCAUUGCAGGAAUCCCUUCUCUUGAGUCUCGAAAGUUAUUGGACCUGGACAGUGUUCUUGACCUUUGAAUUGGGAGAAGAGGCGUUUUUAUCUUUGUACCCCAUUCUUGUGCGCCAACUGAGCUACUAUGAGCAGAAAAUUUCAGUCAACUCCGACGUGCAUGCGAAUACCUUCAAUUACGACUUAGGAAGCGCACUUCUGGGUGUCUUCGAAGUCGCUGUUCGACUCGCUCGCGGAAGGAGAAACAGACGUAACGAUUCUGACUCGUUAUGUAUCACUUGGGAGCAUGUGUCUUCCAUCACAAUGUCUGCCUGUGUUUUGGUGCAGAAAUGGAUGACUGAAGCGACCCGAGACAAAAUGAUCAGUGGUCGGAAAAACAGCGCUAUCCGGGACGGCGUGUCGAAAGUCAUAAAUGUCUAUUUAGGAUCAUCACAUUUCGAAAAAAUCGUGGACGAAAUGACAAAAAUUAUUCGGAAGAUGAAAAACUCAGUUUCCGGUUGCCUUCGAGAUCCUGGAAAUCUACCCACGCUGGGCACUGCUCACUGGUUGGGAGACAAAUGUGGCAGUCUAGAACUGACCCCAGCAUUGUUGAUGGAUGAAAGUCCUAUAUUCUUCUUGGAGAGUUUAAUCCGCUUCUUGAAUCUUGCUCUCGAAACCCAUCUUCUCGAUGGUCUCGACUUUAAGUUGACAGAAAAUGCAUAUCAGGCCUUCGGGGUGCUUUUGGAAGCGCACCCUGCGAAGAGUUCAGCUUUCUCGGGAUGGUUUUGCAGAGAAGAGACGACUUUGAUGGCAAGAUGCGUUGAAUUAUUCACUCGCCUGGACGACGUAGAAGUUAUGAUCGACCAUAAAGUCAUUUUUCGAGUUGCACUUGACUUGAUGAGUCAGCUGCAAGGUGGUCAAGAAGGGCUUCUGUUGUAUUUGAUGGAUCAUAAUUACGAAAUUCCCUUUUCUGAUAUUAGGAAACUGGGCUGUAAAAGUGAACGGAAUAUAUGGGAAAAUUGCUUGCAUCAAUUGGACUCGAUGCGAGCUAUGUACUCGGCUCUGGUUAAUGCUGAUCAAGAUUGCUUCCAUCGGAGCAUAUCCGAAUUUUACAAAAUCCAAACGUUUUGCGUGGCGAAAGGGAGCGAAGGCAUUCUUCCCUCUGACUGGAUUUUCUUGCCGAUCUGCGUCCUUUAUGCGAACAUUCAAAAUUCGUGA